AUGCUUCGGCUCAGGGCGUUCCGCCCGACUGGUAACAAGAUUGUGAAGAUUCAGCUCCAUCCGACCCACCCAUGGCUCGUCACCGCGGACGAUUCGGACAACGUUUCCGUCUGGAACUGGGAGCAUCGUCAGGUUUUGAUCUUUCUGUGUUUUCUUUCCCGGUUACUCGUGCUUAUAUCCUGUACCACGGAAGCCAUCAAUUAUAUCUUGUUUGCCACCGCUCUAAAGGUGAUCUAUGAACUGAAAGCCGGCGGCGUGGACCAGAGACGUGUGCUCGGGGAAAAGCUGGAGAAGCUGGCUGAGGGGGAAUCUGGUACGUGAAACAACUCCGAUGUCACUGCCUUCCUCUAUUUUUCCUGCUUUAGUGUGGGAGUUGUAAACGCUCAUAGUCAGAGAAGGAAGCUCGCUCAAGCUACUACGCGAAUUGGGAAGAUCUAAUUGUUUUGUACUUCCACUACGCUACGGACCGUAAAAGAUUGGAUCGAAAUGCGUGUUCUUUAAAAAUCAUAUUCCUAAAAUUUAAGUGUAUAAUUCAAAAUUUUACUUUCAUGCAUUAUUAUAUCAUAUAAACAGCAUCCAUAUCUUAAUAAUUCCUAUUUCUGCCAGACACAAAAUCAAAACCGACAGAGGCAAUGCGCGGAGGGAGGUAAUGAGUUUGGAGGCUUUGCCACCCUUGGUUUUACAUCAUUAUUUACUACUCUGUAACCAAUGUUACUGAGUUGUGGUGAUUAUGGUUCGUGUGGUGGUCCAUUAAGUGUCAAGCAGGUCAACUUUUAUGAUGAUGACGUUCAAUUCUGGCAAAUUUCACGCAAUCGGUCUGCAGCAUCCGAAGGUCCAUCAUCAGUCAGUCAGCAUACAUCCAAUUUCAGUUCUCCUGCCUCAUCCACCAGGGGAAGGCAUUUCCUGGUCAUUUGUUGUGAGAAUAAAGCCAUAUUUUUAGAUUUAGUGACAAUGCGUGGACGUGAUGUCCCAAAGCAGGAACUUGACAAUAGGUCUCUGCUGUGGUGAGUACCAGUUUUUUUGUGCCUUAAUUUUUGAAUAAAUGAUUUAUUUGUGUUCUCUCCCGCUAUGUGCUUGUACAUAAAAAAAUGGACAAUCUUGAUGAUGUAUUUCUAUGACGAAUUGUAUUUUUAAUUUAUCUUCCAAUGAUUGUCUCAUGCUUUCUUUAAAGUUGUUUGUACCGCAUUUUUAAUAUAUAUAUAAAAAAAGAGAUGUACUGGUAAGUUUCUAUGAGCUCUUGCUUAUUUAUGCGUCUUUCUUCUUUUCUAACAUUAAUAAUUACGUCUUGUUAUUCACUUUAAGAAACGUUCACAUGAUUUCUCAAAAUAAUCCUGAACAAUGGCAACUCCACCAAGAUGAUUUGAAUCAUAAAAUAUCUACACUGCCUGACAUGAAAGCAUCAAGUCAUUCUUUCCUGCAAAAGAUCUCUCCCAUUAGUUCACCCUAUCACUAGUAAAAUUAAGAAUGCUUUAAGCUGUCUUUUCAAUUUCUCCUUCUACUCUCUCUCACAACAGUCCAAAGUACUAUAUGGUGCAAAAUCCACCAUACUUGCGUUUUAUUUUGGCUAUCGAAUAUUAUUUUCAUCAUAUUUUGCACUUUCCUUUGACUAUCUAAUAUUUUCUUGGACAAUGCCAUUCUAUUCCUCUUGGGUGAUAAAUCAUCUUCAAAAAUGACUCAGGAAUCAUAGGAACAAAUGCUUUCAGGUUUCCUUUUCUUCAAGAUAAGGAUCAACAUCCUCCAUUAAUUAAUUGAUGCUGAAAAUCCUUUUCACCAUGAGAGUUUAAAUCUCUCUAUUGUGCUCUAGAUGUUUGAUGAAGUAUCCUUAGCUUCUUCAUGAAAGCUAGGGAUUGACAAUAUGGCUUUUGCAGUAAAGCUAUUUGUACUUACUUGACCCAUAAGCAUCCCCCCAGGAACCUUACAUAACGUCCACUAAGUGAACCUUCCUCCUCCUAGGAUCAUCAAACAGCUGGAUUUUUCUUUAUACACUUCAAGUGCUUUUCUUGUCAUGACGAAUGAAUUGAUCAUUGCCAGCAAUUUUUUUGGAUACUUGCCUUUUUUCAGAGAUCCUUGAGUUACUGGUAUACCAUGGGUUUUAAGGAUUCUUUCACUUCCCCAUUUUAGCCCAUAAAUUCUGGAACAUGUAGUAUGCCACUUCUCCUUUUCACUGUUUCUUAUAAUUCCCAUGGGGGCUGUUUGUGUAAGUCAUUCAAACAUAUUACAUGGUUCGAUCGGAGCUGGCACUCACCAAUUGUAAUGAUAUCCCAACCGUUUCCCUUGUAAUUGAAAUAAAAGUUUAAGGUCUGUCUCACGUUUUUGCUCUCUCCAUCUCAUUUUUUUUCUAGUGGCAAUUCAAAAUUAGCAGAAGAAAAAAUAUUUGAAUUUUUCCGUAAAUUGCAGCAUGGAAUUCCUCUCGAGAUCGCCAGGUGGUGAUGGACCUCUGGUCGCUUUUGGUGCAUCUGAUGGUGUAAUCAGAGUUCUUUCAAUGAUAACGUGGAAGGUUAUACAGAGUUUUACACUGUUCACUCUACAUCAGCUAUAUCUUCUCUUCUUUAGUACAAUCCGUUUGUAACAGAGAUUGCGUUUUGCAGCUUGUUCGAAGAUACACUGGUGGUCAUAAGGGUUCAAUAUCGUGCUUGAUGACAUUUAUGGCAGCUUCCGGUGAGGUAACCAUUUUUGGACUUCAGAAUUAGAAGCUAUGUUUAUUGAUGUUUUCUUCUCGAUGUGUGCUUUCUUGACUAGUAAUAGCUACAGCUGGAGCUUUUGGCUUCCUCUACUAUUUUCAAAGUCUUUGUUUCUAUCAUUUCUAUGCUUUUAUCAUUGUAAUUUUGUGAUAAAAUGCUGAUAUUGAUGGUGAUAUUGGCGUUCAACUUGAGCUUAAGCUCAAGGAAGCAGUCUUCCUAUUAAAUUGAGCAUCAUGUCACGUUAUUUCUGUGCAUGACCCGUUUUGAUAUCCCAUUGUCUCCUAAAUAUGUGUUUAUCACGUACCAUAGUAAUUGGAGUUUAAAUAUACUUCGAGGACCAUGCUGAAAUGAACAGAUAUUUCUGGAUCACUGAAAUUUGCAUAUUCACUGUGCCUUAUUGGUUCCCAUGCAUUGCCAAAGAUGAUGAUUUGCUUCUAUGUAAUUAUAUCCAUAUCAAUCAUUUUUUUUAGGUAAAAUUGAACGUAUUGAUUGUAACAAUUAUAAAAUUCACGGGGGAAAAAUACUUUUUCUGUGGUACUUUGCAGUCACUCCUCGUUUCUGGCGCAAGUGAUGGCUUAAUAGUCAUCUGGAAUGCAGAUUAUACCCAAGAUUCACGUGAACUCGCGCCUAAACUCAAUUUGAAGGUAUUUUAGAUAACUUUCCCUUCACUUCAAUGAAUCUAAUAUGAACUGAUAUCCUAUCAUUUAACUCUGAGAAGUUCAGAGUUGAGUAUAGUCGUCAAAGCAAUAUUCGAGGUCAAAACUUGCUUGUCCUUGAUUCUGAUUUUCUUCCAUAUUCUUGCACUAUGUUGGCUACUGAUUUUUUUUUGUGAUAGAAUUUUUUUUUUUCUAUUGGGAUGCAAUGGCACAAGAGGUAAGUGCCUUAAUUGUGGUAGAAUACAACAGUGAAGACUUAAUGCAUCUCUUCUAAUUCUUCUUGAAGGCGCAUGAUGGUGGUGUUGUGGGUGUUGAACUUUCUAGAGUUAUGGGAAGUGCGCCACAACUGAUCACGAUUGGUGCUGAUAAGACAUUAGCUAUCUGGGAUACUAUUUCAUUCAAGGUGCUUGAUUGUUAUUGCAAUGUUCUGCGUUGGUAUCUUGUGGAUUACUUGGGAUUUGGGUUGUCUAAUGGUGCUUUUAAAUUUUUUGCCUUAUCUAGGAGUUGAGACGUAUCAAGCCUGUUCCAAAACUUGCUUGUCACAGUGUUGCAUCAUGGUGCCAUCCCCGGGCACCAAAUCUUGAUAUUCUUACUUGUGUAAAAGAUUCUCAUAUCUGGUACAUUCCUCUAUUUCAAUCGGGAUAGUUUAUUGCAUUACGUGUGAUAUUGCAGUGUUGAAGAUGGUUAAAGGAUAACCGACACUAAUUUGUUUUUUCUUUUGUAGGGCGAUUGAACACCCAACAUACUCUGCCCUGACAAGGCCACUUUGUGAAUUGUCAUCACUUAUUCCUCCCCAAGUGCUAGCUCCAAACAAGAAACUCAGAGUAUGUUCUUAUACUUGCAUUUAUAAAUAUUUAUUCAUUGUUGGAUGUUCAAUCAUCUUGAAACAUUGGAAUCAAUCUGAGACAGCUUUACUCUAAUUGAGCAUCUAAUCUUAGGGUCUAGAUCCUUUGACAAAUCAGGGAGUUAACUUCCAUCCCUGUUGCUGAUAAUCAGAUUGUGUGGCUGGAUAAGUUAGGGCCUUUAUUGGAUCCACCAAAUCAACGAAGCGUUCUUGGAAUAUGUCUAGCCAGUUUGCUGUGGAAACUAUCUAUAGUAAACAAAGACCUGAACGAUUUAGGAUCUAAAUUUGCUGAUUUAUCCCAUUUUGUUGUGGCAUAGUAAAAAUGUCGACUUGAUGAUGUUUUGAUCGAGUAGAUAUAGGAUGAGUUGCAGAAUGUUGAAAUUUUGUUCUUGAAUUCACAAAAGACUUGAUUUUUGUGAAGAUACUUCACCGUUGAGCCCACAAAAUGAAGAAACCUCGACCCUUAAGUCCACAAGGGCUUGAUCCUAAGUUCAUAAUGAUUUCCCUGAAUCUAUAGAUGAUGUUGGAAUCCACCAGUAGAUAAAUAGAACCUCAAAAGAAGAAAAUUUCAUGAGAUUGAUAGAAAUAAACUUGAAUGCCUCUGAAAGAGGGUAUUUUAUAGGUUGAAAUUUAGUUAUAACAAACUAGAAAGGAGGGGGUUAUGUUAGAAUGCUCUUAGGGAAAAAUAGGAUUGUAUUAGAAGGCCCCUAAGAUAUAAGAGCGCCUUAGUAGAAUAGGGAGAUUAUUUUACAUAAACAAGAUGUGAGAAAUAAUAAAUGUGGGCAUUUAGAUCUUGACACAUUUAAUAUGUGUCUAAAUCUCUUAUUGGGCCAUUUCGAGCUGAAUUUGGGCCACAAAGUGUCUUCACAUCUCCAGAGCCUCUGGUUCACUUGAAUUGAAUUAAAAUUGGGCUGUAUUAUUUGUUCUAUUUGAGCUUAUUUGAAAAUAGGCUUGUAUUGCAGUUUAUCACGAAAUUAAAUUGUGAGACACUGACACCUCUAGAUAUUUGCUCUUGCCACAUGGGUCAAAAACUUUCCAUCCCUCAUUUGACAGUAGUUUCUGGGCCACCUCAUUUAUUAGGUUCAAUAGUAUUUACUAGGUGUUCCCUAUCAGAUAGUAAGUUCUCUUAUAUCUUCGUAUCAAAAAAUCAUGCUCAAGUAUAUACAAAUCCAAAAAUACUCAUUUGUCGGGCUCAUCCAUUGGAUUUCUGACAUUUUUGUUAAAGAAGAAUGCCACAAUAACAUGCCAUCAUCCACGGUUGCAGUGGUCAGCCAAAAGAACCUGGAAAAAGCCUUUUUUUCUUCCUGGUUUUCUUCUAUUUCAUACAGCCAUCUCCAUUCCUCUUAUCUCUUCCUUGCUGGAAAUAUUAGAAAACAAGCAACUAACAGCCUGCAGCAUCAGGAAGGAAGUAGACUAAUCCAAGAGAUAAACUAAUGCAAGAGGGAAGGCCACAUUAGGCCAUCAUGGCCAUAAAUAAACUAAUCCAAGAGAGAUUGCCUGACCCCUUCAAUUUUCAAGAUGGAAAACACAACCCUAGUGUUUUCCUUCAUGGAAUCUGAUCUAGAACUCUUCCAAUCCGAAAAGGGCAAUUAAGUAAGCCAGAAGUCAGAGUCUUAGUCAAGAUUUCGUCUCCCCAAAAAUCAAAAAAUUAUUUUUUGGUCUCUAGAUAUUCAGUAAUUGGGACUGACGACAAUAGUUGAAGAUGUUUCCUAGAGCAGAGGGUAAUCUUUAACAAAAAUGUCAGGAAUCCAAUGGAUGAGCCUACCAAAUGAGUAUUUGGAUAUGUAUAAUACUUGACCAUAUUUUUUGAUACGAAGAUAUCACAUACCUUAUUACCUGACAGGGAACACCUAGUAUAUACUAUUGUCAAAUGAGGUGGCUUAGGAACUGUUGUCAAAUGAGGGAUGUAAAUAUUUUGACCCAGAAACUGCUGUCAAAUGAGGGAUGGAAAGUUUUCCACAAAUGGGCUUAAGAAAACUCAUCCAGAUUCCACUACAACCUCUCACUUUCUGGAUAUGCGUGGAAGAGUUGGUUGGCCAUUAGUACUCACCUUGUGAGUUCAAGGGCCUCAUCUAUGUACUUUGGGUUGCCGAAUUUGACCAGGAAGCAAUCUUAUUUGAUGGCCUUUGAUUAGAGGUACUCCCUAAAGAGAGGUAGGAUCCUCUUUAGAGGAGGUAAACAUAUCUACCACGAUGCUGAACCCAUGUAAACAAUGAGGAUGAAGAGUUGCUUCGAUAGUUGUGCACCAGUUUCAUUUCUUUUCACUCAACUUCCUUAGGGAGUACCUCCUCAGUCCAAUGUAUCUAAUUUUUCUACCCACUCCGUCCCCUAAGUUUGAAAUUUUCCAUGUACUGAACUGGCUAAGGGGUUGCAUCUAAUAGUUUUGUAGUUCACCUACUGGACAUCCUCUGUUCCCACCAAGGUCAAAAUGGAGUUUCUACAUAUUAGACAGACAUAAGGUUGUUGCUUAUUACUCAGAAAAAUUAUAUUCCAAGUAGAAAAUAAAAAUCGAAGGGUAUAAAAAAUCAGAAUAUAAUGUUUAUGAUGGUGGGAACAAAUUAUGAUCAUUCAAUGAGAAAAAUGCUGAUGGUUUGUUUGUAUUUGGAGAAUUUUGAACAUUUGAAGGAAGUCCUUUCUGGCAUAUAUUUUGUGUAGUGGCAGUAAUCGUUUUAUUCAUUGGCAAUUCUUGUUGUAUCCUUAUGUUUGAAUAAUCAUUCAGCUCGUAACAUUAAAAUGGCGCUUCCUUGAAGACUACUGGAAAUAAUACACGAAUAAUCUGUCUGUGAUGGAAAGGUUUUGGUGAAUCUGUAUUACUUGCUUAUGGCGGCCAUGGCAUCAUGUUAGAAAUACAUUAGGAUCUACUACCAGGCUUCAGAUGUGUAAACUAUUUUACUGUAUCAAUGGUCGGAUCAGCACUAACACGUGUUACCAAGUACUAGAUGAUAUCCUAAAAAUUCCAUUUUUCCUUUGACUUAAUAUUGAAGCUAAGAAUACCAUUAUCUCAAUGGGCCUUGCGAACGCUUUUUUUAAAAAUUUACUGUAUUGACGUGAGAGUAUCUAUGUUGUCUAUUCAGUAAAUUCUGAAAAAGGUUUCGUGUUAGUGUUUGUCAAUGUGUUAUUUAUACUAUGAAUAUGGCCAUUAUGUUUAUGCAGCUUUUGCAUUUUUUUAGAAUUGAGAUAAACUGUCAAAAGUCUGAGCGUCACAAACUUUUGUAGGUCUAUUGCAUGGUGGCACAUCCUUUACAACCACAUCUAGUUGCUACUGGCACCAAUAUUGGUGUUAUACUCAGUGAAUUUGAUCCGAGGUCUCUUCCAGCAGUAGCUCCUUUAGCCACACCAACAGGAAGCAGGGAACACUCAGCCGUGUACGUAGUUGAAAGGGAACUUAAGUUGCUGACAUUCCAGUUGUCAAAUGCUGCAAAUCCAUCCCUUGGAGGUACUGGGUCCACUAUGGAAACUGGGAGAGCCAGGGGGGACUUUUCAGAAGUGUUGCAUGUUAAACAAAACAAAAAGCACAUCAGUACACCGGCUGCACAUGAUUCAUAUUCUGUUCUUUCUGUUAGCAGUUCUGGGAAGUAAGUAGCUUUGUUUCGAUAUUUUUCCGUUGUUAAUUCUUUUAUGAAUGGAUUUAGGAUAAAUUUCAUUUCUCGUUUAAUUUUCAAAUAGAUUUGGGCAACUCUUGAAGACGUGCCACUGUUCUCCUAAGUUUUCCAAGCAUUUCCUUUUAUGUCUAGAUUUUGCUAAAAGUAGGCGAGUUCUGGUUUGAACUGGCCACUUUAUUUUGUUUUAAAGUAGGCUGGAAUAUUUUACGGAGAUUUUCAUCACUUUAAUGUCGUGUGUGCUAUAUUUGCAGGUAUGUUGCGAUUGUGUGGCCUGAAAUUCCUUCUUUUUCCAUUUAUAAAGUUAGCGAUUGGUCAGUUGUUGAUUCGGGAUCUGGACGGCUUUUUGCUUGGGACACGUGUCGUGACAGAUAUGCUCUCGUGGAGACUGGAUUAAUUCCCCGUAUACCAGUCGUUCUCAAAAGUGGCCUUUCAAGAAAAGCAAAAGAGGCAGCCGCUGCUGCAGCUCAAGCAGCAGCAGCCGCGGCCAGUGCUGCUUCUGCAGCAACUGUUCAAGUACGGAUAUUACUGGAUGAUGGAACUUCUCACGUUUUAAACAGGUCUAUUGAGGGUCGCAGUGAACCGGUAUGAAGCUGCAUUCGUCUCUAUGAUGUGUAGUUUAAAACAGCGGUUUAUCCCAUUAUUUCAGUUCGACUUUCUUUGUGUUCAUUUUUACCUUUGACAUAAUUUCCAUGAAUCGUCAAAUUUCAAAACUGGGUUUUAGCUUGGCUCCAGAAGGCAAAAAAGAUUCCCACCAGUUGCCCAACUAGUGGUACCAACUCCACUUUUUACACUAAAGACUCGGCAGAUAGGAUUUAGCAUAUGUUGGUGGAAUGCUGCUGCAUCAAAUAACCUAAAAACUCAAGUUAAUGAUGGAGAAAAGGAACUGUCUGCGUAUAUGUCAUUUGGUGUAAGAGAAAGUAGUGAAGGGAAAGAGUAGAAAAGAUAAUAAAAAAGGGUAAUAAAUAAAAAGUCGACGUGAAAAAAUUACAUAAGUCGAUAGAUUAGGAAACUUAUAAAAAAUACUGACCACAGCUGUUGUUCAGAUUCUCUUGACACCAUUUUUGAACUUUUGGAUCAAAAACUCUAUUCUUCUCAUUCCAAUCUAACACUUCUGUUCUUAUGAUUUUCGAAUAUUCUUCUCUGCAUUCAUCAAACCUUUAAGGUUCUCUCUACUCUUCACUUUAAGAGUCUCUUGAAGGGAAACAUGGGAUGUCUACAUUGUCUUGAUGUCAUCCUUGGAUUUUCGGGUCAGCAAAUUCUAUCAUUCCCCCGUGCACCAUUUCCUUUGAUGUGAGCACUUGUGAUCUGGAAGCCUUUUUAAACAUGAACUACAUUCAUCUAAAGCCUUUGUGGUCUCUUCUUUCUACUAUUUUCAUCUACCAGUCACUCUUUGCUGGUCUCUCUGUCUUGCAUUGGUUUUUCCUGAGCAUUUAGCCUCAGUUGGUGAUACGGCCAGUUUUUCUUUGUAUAUGUUCAUUUUGGUUCCUGUUUAUUAAUGGAAUUGAAAGUAGGCAAUUCUUUAUUUUUUCAAAAUUUGAUAUUGUUAAUGUUAAAUUAUUGUUCAAAGGAGAUUAAUCUUACCCAUAAUUUGAAAUUCAAUGACUGAUAUUAAAUGCAAUCAUGAUUGAAUGAAAAAUAUUGGACUAUCUGACUAUAUAUCCGGUAUAUCGAAUUUACCAGAUUAAACUAUGAAUUUUUGUACAUCGUAUGAGUAUUAAAAAGGUUGUUGAUUGUGAUAUUAAAUUUUGUCAAGAAUUUGGUUUUGGAUAAGCUAUGAAUCCAUUACGAAUCCGAUUGGUGUAUCACCUGUCAUGUGGUACUAAAGCUAUCACUUUGUUAAGUCAUUGACAUGGCAUUGGACUACAACUUUAUUGCCUCCUAGGAUCUGGCUUUCUUUGGUCAUUUUCGUGGUGUAUAUGCUAUGUUUUUCUUUUUCCCGUGAUUAAAAUUCGGCUUCUAGGUUGUUGGCUUGUACGGAGGCGCGUUACUUGGAGUAGCAUAUAAAACAUCACGAAGGGUUAGCCCUAUGGCUGCGACGGCCAUCUCAACAAUGCAAUCAAUGCCGUUAUCCGGUUUUGGAAAUGGAGGGGCACUUUCUUCUUUCACUGCAGCAGACGAUUCUUUUUCUUCCAGCAGAACGUCAGCUGUUGAGGCCGCACCUCAGAAUUUUCAGCUAUACAGGUAUGUGAUGUCUUCCUAUUCUAGUUUUAUUGAUAAUUCCUGAUUUAUACCGUUUUUCUUUAUCCGUAAGACAAACGGUGCUUGCACUAAACUGCUUUGAUUGUUCUUUUAGACAAUGAUAUGCCAGUAGGAACCCAGUUCUUAUUGUGUCCAGAUGAUUUAGAAAACUUCAUUUGAUUUUCUGACCUUAGAUGGAGAUGUCCUUGAUAUUUAGCAUUGAAAUGUUUAAGGUAUCCAUGAUAUUCGUUAGGGUUUCCAGGCAACAUGAUAAUGUGCUGUUCCCAUUUCAACUUUUAGAUGAUGAAAACCCUUGGGUCAUAUGUAGAACCCUGAGGAACAUUUUUUGUUCUAGUUACAUUUUUUUUAUGAGAGUCAAUCUUCUGCAGCCUGACCUGUGAUGAAGUAUUGGUUUGCAUUAUCCCUCUCUUCCCAAAAACCUGGUUCAAGAAAUGAGAAAGGAAAAGCACAAUAGAAAUCCUUUUUUCACUACUCUCCCAUGUUAUAACAUCUUUAUAUUGAUGUUCCUCAACUUUGCGAAAAUAAAGCUAGGUUUUCCAAUCAUAUCGGUUAGUUUUCUCGUGACUAAUCCCGCACAAACUAUUCAACCGUUACUUCUUCCCAAGCUAUUUGAAACCCUGAAUGGGCAAAAAAAUGUCUCUAUUUCAAAGUAACCCAAUUUUACAGUUCUUACCCAGGGCUAGCAAGAUUUGUCGCGCAUAUAUGAUAUUUUUCAAGUGAAUAUGUGGUGUUUUUUUCUUGAGAAACCUGGUGUAUUAUACUUGUCAGUUGAAGAUGAGCAUGCUUCUUUCAGUAAGCUACCAUUUGUCCAACAUCUUUGGUCCUCUGCAUGUCUAUCCAAAAAGGGAAGACAAUGAACGAACCUCUGGGAUCCCAGAUACCCAUACAAGAUGAAAGAGUUUACUACUAAUGUCUGACGCUGUCUUGUAAACCAAGAUGCGGGAUCAUUAUCUUUGGGAUUGUAGUGAAAGAGUCAUUUGAAGGCAGAAAGUAAGGAUAUUGGUUACAUUCACCCAUUAUAACCUGAAUCUGCUGGUACUUGCUAACUUAACAAAAUCAGAAUGCUUGUGGUUUUCUUGUACUGAAAUGGAAACCAUUUAGUGUAGCCUUAUAGGUGCAUAAUGAAAAUGAAAAAAUGUUAACAAAAGCAUAGGAUUGAUCUUUCCCGAUUUUCUCUUUAAACUUCCAUUUUUUCAAAAAAGGAAUGUGUAUGUUCAUGCCCUUUAGUGGAAAAAGUCACGGGUCCAUUUUAAACAACUUAUUGAAUUUCUCUUCCGCACUAGUGGUUGAUGAAUGCUUGCCUGAGGUACUUAUUUGAUGAUUUUGACAUUUCAGUUGGGAGACUUUUCAACCUGUUGGUGGACUUCUUUCACAGCCCGAGUGGACAGCUUGGGACCAGACUGUUGAGUAUUGUGCUUUUGCAUAUCACCAGCACAUUGUCAUUUCAUCCUUACGGCCGCAGUAUAGGUGCCUUGGGGAUGUGGCAAUUCCUUGUGCUACCGGUGCUGUUUGGCAUCGCCGACAGUUGUUUGUUGCUACUCCAACUACUAUUGAGUAAGAUAUUUACUGAUUUGUCUUUGAUAAUAAUUUUCGUUAUCCUCAGGACAGUAUAGGUUUCUGUCCUGUUCAAAUAUAUCACGGGCUGUUUUCUUUAACCUUCAGUUUCACUAUUAAGGCAUUACUGCAUUAGUUUUGUUUCUUCCUUAGAUGCCACGACUUAGUGAAUGGCAAAUGAUUCAAUGAAGUUAAAAGAAAAACACUCAAUACCCAUUAAAAAAAAACUAGAACGCGAUGACUGAAAAGUCAACAUAGUUAAAAUUUAUAGAUGAAUAAAAUCCUUCUUGCUUAAUGGUUAUUUUAAGACUUGCAAUUGAUGAUUCCAUCUGGAAUGCAAAUUCUCAUUGCUAAACACUUAAGAACUGCUGGCAAUAGCAGUUUGUUCCUUCAAAUUGUUCUCUUUUGUUUUCAAUGAGGAAAAAUAACAUUCAUGUUUAGGAGUUUCUGUAGAUAUCUCCCGAUUUCAUGUUUCUUAAUGGUAGAAGUUUGUUUGAAUUCUGGGAGGAUAAAUGGCUGUAAAGGGAGAGACCUGACAUGAAGUCUUGUGAGCUACGUUAUGUAAAUAUUGAUAAGAAGGAAUUCAUAAUCAGAUAUGGACCAUGAAAAAGAUGAUGACCAGAAGUUCCAAUUGAAAGGGUACCUUACGGAUGGUGUAAGGGUUUUGGAUGUUCUGCAUCAGUAAAUGCUUUGGCUGAUGUAUGUAUGUAAAGAAAACUUUUUGGGCAAAGGAAUGUGGAGAGGGAUUUGCUACUAGUUCAAUUUUUUAUAUGGAGUUGAUGAUUGCAGAGUAUUGUGGAAGAGACCGGUGUAGAAUAAUAAACUUCCUUCCAAAAUCAACACGUUCUCCUGGAAAUCAUUCAACAAUAUGUUUAGUGCUUGUGAGACAAUCCAAACUUUUGAAUUGGAUUCAAUUACGCUAUCCAUUGUUUGCAUUGGAAAGCCUGAUCUCUUUUUGGGAUAUGGGAUUUUCUUUUGUAAUGUAGAAGAUUAGACAAACAUUCAGACUAGAAAUUACAAGGACAUUCGCUACAUGAUGAGAAGUCGAUAUGACAUUUGUCCACCGCCAACUGUUUUUGAUUGGUGGAAGGAUUACCUAUCCACUGUUUUGUGGAUUUGGUGAUGGGACAGGGUAAGAGAGGCUUUCAAGCAUGAGAAAAAAGAUUGACAAGAUAUCAUCAACUAGGUGAUUGAUGAAAGUAACAGAGAUUGAUGAAACUUUUCAUUGAGGAUAUAUAGAGAAUUUUGUUUAGUCUCAUUCUCCUUCUUAUUUAGCAUCUUUCAGAUGAGAAGAUUAGUUUGCUACUGGUUGUCUGCCAUUAGUUUUAAUCUUCUGUUUCAGCUAAUAUUUUUUCCUUCGUUUCUGGGUAUAACAGUGAGUGUUAAUAUGUAAUUUUAAAAAAAAUCAUUUGGUAAUAAGCUUAAAUCCAGCAUCCUGAAGCAUUUGUUACUAUGAUCCUUUGGCUCAAAUCCAGCGUCCUAAAGGCGAGGCUGAACCUUAUUUUAGAAAAGUAUGUAAUUUCAAGAAUAGUUAUGUUGCAGAAGAAAUGGUGUCAUUUCGUACGGUGACAUUGAUUAUUAUUUCGAUCACUAAAUCUUAACUUGUGCACCUGCACAUUGUGGAGUUCUUUCCUGGGUAAUGAUACAUUUUACUGUACCCUCUGGAUAACGAGUGAAUAUUCAUGCUUGCCGUAAUUUGGCCAAGUAUUGCUUCUGGUAUUUUUGUAUUUGAGUUAUGUGGUCCUGCUGUCUGUGUUAUUGUGCUUUGAUGACGACUUGCGGGAGUCUGUUGGGAUACCUGUUAAAGAACAGUGUCUUUUUACGAGGAUAGACAACUUCCUUGUUUUGGAUGUGUCAUCGGUGUUUCUUAGUUCAUAGUCCCUGUAUGAGCCUCCUCACCUUAAUCCACAGAAAUUGAACAAUGUUGUCCCCUAUGGUGAUGUCACCGAUGAAUCUUAAGAGAAUUAAAGAUGCAAUGAUUCCUAUCAUUUUAUUCAGCAUAGAAAUUGAUUUUAUUUUCUGUGGGCCUUGCCUUUUCCACAUGAUAUUAAAAUACAUUACGCUCUCAGGUGUGUUUUUGUGGAUGCUGGUGUUGCACUUAUUGACUUGGAAACAAAGAGGAAAAAGGAGGAACAGAAACUGAAAGAAGCACAAAAUACAGCAUUUGCUGAACAUGGAGAAUUGGCACUAAUCACAGUUGAUAACCCACAGAAAGCCGCAAAUGAAAGGAUCUCGCUAAGGCCUCCAAUGCUGCAGGUAAGGAUGAAUUGCCAGCUACAUUAAAGAUAAGCUGGUUUUCAAAAUACUAGGUUUAUGGAUCUAUCGACCAGUUAAUCCGUUUUUCGUGCAUAGUAAUCGGAAAAAAUAUCUACAUUCGUAGUUUAAUCAGAGUAAAGGAUACAUUCACGUUUGUUUUUCCAUUGCGGCGUUAUCUCUGAACCAUCCAAGUUAAGAGCUUAAAGUAUUAAGCAUCAAAGCUUGACUUGGAAGCUUGGAGCUUUGAGUAAAUGUUUAGAAGCUUAUGCUACCAGUACAGUUAAAUUACUGUCGUGUGUCUUUGGUGAUUGAUCCGCAACUCACAUUUGAUCUAAUUCCUUGCAGAUAUAUCUUUUCUUAAAAAUUGGGUACGAAGUUUCAGAUUCUUGGCUUUGGUCUAUGAUAUGGAUCUGAUAGUGAUGCAGGGUAUCAAAGAAAAUAAAAAAAAUCUAAAUCACACCUGAAAUAAAUAAAUAAAUUAUGUUGGUAGUUUAGAUUUCAUAUCCCAUACAAUUACCUUACUCAUUCCUUUUUCAUCUCUAUGCAUCUUCAAUCAGCAUUCCCCACGAUUUCUGUACUGUAGACUGUUAGACUUUAUCAGGACCAUCUAACUUGGCAGCAAGCUAUCUCCUUCUCAUAAGAUACCUACUUCACACAAGUACGGUUAUUCAUACUAUUUUGUCCCGUUAAUAUUAAUAUUUAUAAUAUGAUUAACUAUCCUCUCAAGCAUAUUUAGAUGAUGAUGAUUGGUGCCUACCAGAUAGCUUGGGUAGGAAGUCAGUAACUUUUACUAAUAUUAGGCCAUGACGCAAACCAUACAAGGAUAAACAGUCAGGGAAAAUCUCCUCUACUAAUCAAAUCAUAGAACAAGGCCUAGUUAUAUACAAUUACCCUGGCCACAAAAAAGGAAACAACCUUGGUCGAGGAAAUUGACCAAUUAGCAAACCUGGAAAUUGACGUACAGAAAGAAACUCCCAAUUAUACGUUUUUCCCACCGUUCAUUCUUCAAAACUGCGAACUUUCAUUUAGGUAAUAGUUUUUUAAAGCUUAGUGAUAUGUUUGAUUGGGUAGCUGGCUGACAGAGACCUGUAAGAAUGCUUAAUAACUAUUAAUAGGAGGAUUUUUCGGCAUGUGUUUUUCCUUUGAAUGUUAUAGAUGAGGUGGUAAGGAUUUUUUGCACAAAAGAGAAAAAAGAAGGGAAGUCAGUGGAGAAAAGGUGGAAAGCUAGCAGAAAGCCUCUACACCCUUGAAUCAUCAAAUUUUGAAACUGUAAAAUGCCAACUGUACCUUAAGUACUUUGAGGAAACUUUCCAACCAAUCAUUAUUUGAACUCCAAAAGAGUUCCAUUACCCUAUUCAAAGACUUAAGGGUACUGGAACUACACGUUAAAACAAAACAAAAAUCUUGGUUAAACUGUUAACUAUUCUUAACCUUGCGAAAGUGGUCAUUGGCAGAGGGGGGCAUGUGGUACUAGGGGGAAAGAAGCAUGCGAAAUGACCAUAGUUGCACAUAAGCAAAAAAUGUAAUAAAUGAACUGAGGCAGUUAAGAUAUGCUGCCCAUCAAACGAGACAAGAAAACAGAAGAAAAAUGAAGUGAGGAGGAAACAUCUAGGACAUCGGAUGGGUCUUUAAUUCAUUCGUCUAUAAUUACUAGUGUCAUACAAUGGUUAUGUUAUGGUAGAUAUUGCUAAUCUGUUAUUGUUCACUCACAAAGGAUAGAGUGAACAAAAUAUUUGUCAUGACAUGCAGUAACAUUUAAGACAACCAUCAGAUGUUUGCUCAGCAGUAAGUUUGAGGGUUGUGGAAGAUUAUUAUAAAUAUUUGUCAUGACAUGCAGUAACAAAUUAUAACUUAUGUUUGCUCAGAGUGAUAUAUAAGUACAUACAUUUUUUUUUCGUUUUCAUCGAUGUGUGCCAAAUAAUGGAGCUGACUUGUAUAUGAUCAGUUUUUCACUAGCAUGUUGUAUGUGGUACUUAAGUAGAGCAAAAAUAUCCUUAUAUGUGGGCCUGUACUUUCCUUACCCUUUACAAGGCUAAUGACUAUCCAUUCUUCUCUUUCAGGUGGUGCGGUUGGCUUCCUUCCAGCAUGCUCCUUCCAUACCACCUUUCAUAUCUCUGCCAAAGCAGUAUAGAGUGGAUGGGGAAGACUCUGUAUUCCAGAAAGAUGUGGAAGAAAGAAAAGCCAGUGAAGUUGCUGUAGCUGGUGGAGGCAUGUCGGUGGCAAUCACUCGGUUUCCUCCAGAACAGAGGCGCCCUGUUGGACCCCUUGUUCUGGUGGGCGUUAGGGAUGGAGUCCUCUGGCUUAUAGACAGGUAACUUGACGAGGCAUGCAUUUUAAGAAAUUUAAUUGCAGGAAAUGACCUGUCGUUUAGCCUAUUUUUCUUUCAACGAUAUGCUGUCAGGUUAUUUUUCUUUAUAACAGCGUGAUGCUUUGUCCAUGAGACAUCGAAUUUCGGGCAGUGUUUCAUUUAAUGGAUUUUAUAAUAAUGAAGACAAGUUGGAUUAGAUAUUUUGAUAGUAUGCUAGUGUAGUGUUAUCCUUCCCCGCUCAUACCAUAAUAAAAUGAAGAUAAUCUAAUAAUGUGCUAUCAUUACCUGUGGGGAUGGAUGUUUCCUGACAUCUGGAUCUACCUGCUAAUAAGCUCAAAUCAAACAGAGUUAAUUGUGAAGAUGGUGAGUAUCUUCAUCUGGGUAGCUAUUAAAAUUUUCGCAUGAAGAAAUCGUAGUGUCAUCUUCCAAUAACAAUCGAGAGUUAGUUAGACACCCAAGAGCAGCAUGAAUUAAAUAAAAUAUCUUCAUUAUAGCACUUUUUUGGCUUGACUUUGAAUUCCCCAGUUGUUAAAAAACAUUGUGCUUAGUAACCUUGGUUGUGAUCACUUGUGAAAUAAAGAAAAACAAACUAGCCUUGGUCAUUGGGAAAUGAUUUAUUCUCAAAUUUUGAGUAUUGUGAUGAUAAGUAAAAAAAAACUUGACUAGAAGUUAUCUCUACCUUUGUCUGUGUCAUUAUUUUACAACGAAAUAAUGAGCAUUGAAUCAGAAGAUUCCGGGGAAACUGUUAGCUGAAUGUUUAUUAGAUUUGACAUCUCACAGAACAUUUUAGUCAGUCUUAUCAUUGACUACAUCAGCUAAUAGGUUGUACUUUCUGUCGAAUGCAAUUAAUUGUUUCCAAAAUGUAAAUGGAUUUAUUGCUUUGUACUUGUUUUUGUUGAGCGUUGAGUCAUUGGCGACGAAAACCACGAAAACCCUAAAUCCCGAACAUGGUGGAAAAUAAGACGUGCUUAGCCUUGAUUUACGUUUGGGUCUGGUACUGAUACCAGAUCCAUCAUACAAGGCUUGAACCGAACUGAUCUGGUUUGGUUCAACACGUAAGUAAUAAAGAAAAGACUACGGUAAAGGAAAAAAGAAAAGUACAACUUAUUCUGACAGUUUUCUCUUUCAAUACUUUCAUUUGAAACGUUGGCUUAUUUUAGUUACAAUAAGUAUAGAAUUUCCAUUGAGUGUCAUUUUGAUGAUUACUAUUUACAUGUUUUGUUGAAUCAGAGAAGCUGUGUUAAUAGUUUGACAAUGAUUAUUUACUUCUUUCUGGUUUUUCUUCUUUCCUAUCACGUGCUUGAUUUUUCUCGUUUUCUUUGUGAAGUGGCCCAAUAAUAAACAGCCCUUUUUUAUAAUUAUUUAUGAAUUUUCAAUCGUUUUAUCAUUGGGGACAUUUUAAUUGACGCUGUAAUUCACUUUCUGUUGAUGGUGAACAUCUUUAUGCUUGAUUGUUGUUUAUUGCAGAUACAUGUGUGCUCAUGCACUAGCCCUCAGCCAUCCUGGUAUUCGUUGCCGAUGUCUUGCUGCCUAUGGGGAUGCAGUUAGUGCAGUGAAAUGGUAUGAUUUAUGGUUAAUCUUACGAUUGCGUUGUGUUUCUGCAGGGUCAUUUGUGCUAACAUGAGAACCAAUAUGCAGGGCAAGUAGAUUGGCAAGGGAGCACCACGACGACUUGGCACAAUUCAUGCUUGGGGUUGGAUAUGCAACUGAAGCACUUCAUUUGCCUGGGAUAUCUAAGAGGUAAGGAGAAACGAAGCACUCUUUUUUUAGUAUCCUGUAAUAUUUAUUUCCCCAACUGUGCAUGUUAUAAUGGUGUGAUUGUGGCAUCUGUCUCAAGGAUGCAUUUCAUCUCGAUAGUAUGGCCACGUUAUUUGAUCAACAAUCUAAAAUGUCAAAAACAACGAAUAAGGUUUGUUUUGUGUUGAUCUGUCUCAGGCUAGAGUUUGAUUUGGCUAUGCAGAGCAAUGACUUGAAAAGAGCUCUUCAAUGUCUAUUAACUAUGAGCAACAGCAGGGAUGUUGGACAAGAUAGUUCUGGGACAGAUAUAAGUGACAUUCUUAGUCUAUCAGCUGUCAAACAAGAGAACCUUGUUGAUGCUGUUCAAGGAAUUGUCAAAUUUGCACAGGAAUUUUUGGACCUAAUUGAUGCUGCUGAUGCUACUGGACAAGGUGAUAUCGCCCGUGAAGCUCUUAAGAGGUUAUCUGCUGCAGGUUCUGUGAAGGGUGCCUUGGAAUCCCAAGUAUUGAGAGGCCUUGCAUUACGUCUUGCAAACCACGGUGAACUCACAAGGCUAUCCGUAUGUCUCCAUCCUUCAUCCUGUUAAUUCUAUAACAACCAUAUAAGCAUAUUUAAAUUUUAUAUCAGAAAUUCAUCUGGAACUUUGUUUCAUAUUUAUUUUUAUUAUUUUAAAAGGAUAUUAAAUAAUAGAACUGCCCUUGUGCUAUGAAUACUAUGGUUUUCUGAAUUGUUCUGGCUUAUUCCAACCAAUAUUUGUCAGCUUGAUGAUUCAAAUUCUGGCAAGUUGGGACACAUCAGUCUUCCCUAGGCUUGGUCAUGACCUCUAUGGUCAGAUCGCAAUAGCAUCAAUUUGAUGUGGCAGUGGAUCAAAUUAACUCAUAUUAAACUCAUUCCAGAUAGUCGUAAAAUGUUAAAAAACGAAAAAUAUAUCUGCAAUUUAUACACCUUCUGCAGCAAGGCUUUAAUUAGCAGUGUGUGAUGUUGUAAUUUCGCUGCUUGUAAAAGAAAUUAAAAUAAACGACUAUAAUUCGAGAAAUUUUCUGACUAUGAUGCCUCGUUUACGGGGGGAGAGCAUCUUACCAGUAGGAAUUUCUUUAAUUUUCCCUCUCUUUUUUUCAAACCAACACUUUUCUGCUGUAUGCCUGGUUUUCUUUGUCAAAUAAUUUUCUUGCUUUUCAUAUCUUCUCCUUUUUUUCCUUUGCAAUGCCCAACUUCAAUCAGCUGUUGGUUCGUUCUGGUUUCGAUGUUUAUGCCAAUUCCUUUUGCCUCGUUUUCCUUUGACAGCAUUCCUGCACCAUUAUUUCAUCAUUCUUCUUCGAGUGGUUGCUGAGGUUUUUAUUUUGUUGCUGUUUAAGUUUAGCAUGCGACAUUUGCUGCUUUGAUUAUCUGUCUCGCUACUGUAACGCUUGUGGAUAGAAAGCAAACUUUGUCUGCUCAUUGUUGAACUCUCGCAAACUGCCCUAUAUCCGAUACUCGGAACAAGGGAAUCGCCAUACAGCGAGUCCAGUUUAUAAACGAUGUAUUUUUUGCAGGGUUUGGUUGGUAAUCUUGCCACAGCUGGGCAAGGCCGUGAAGCUGCAUUUUCCGCUGCAGUACUAGGAGACAAUGCUCUGAUGGAGAAGGCAUGGCAGGACACAGGAAUGCUGGCAGAAGCCGUGCUUCAUGCUCAAGUAACUUCCUAAUAACCUUUCUCCAUUUCAUGAACAGACCUCGAAAUCCACAUUCCUGGAGAUUGUGAACUUCACAUGCUUGAGCUGUGAGAAGUCACGGACUGGUCGGCAUCAUUUGCUUUAGCUUCCUGAGAUUCUGAUGUCAUGUUCGCUUCUCAUGUCAAAUCUAGCAAACGGGUAGAAAUGAUGAUUAGCUUAGGCAGGCAGCAGAUUUGUUGCUACUAUGAAUUUUCAUUAAAUUUAGUUAUUUAUGUUGAUAUUUCAGCUAGCCCUGGCCUAGAAGUAGGAAACCAUCUAGGAUUGAGUGCUCUUUAUACAUGCCCAUAAAAUCUUCGGGCAGAAAUGUGAGAACUUCAACGUAUUGGGCCUGCGCAUCCAGAGUAGGCAGUGGAGUAUCAGCCAUGCAGGAUGUACAUCGAGUGGUCUGAAAGAUACAAAUCGUCACUAAAUCACUAAAAUGUGGGGCUCUAUGAUACCAUAAUGGAACCUCUAUCAUGUUUAUUUUCUGCGCAACUUGAGCUCUCUCUCCAUCCAUCCGAGGAUUCAAGCUCCUUAUGGGAAUGACAAGCUUUUGAUUGACAGGCCCACGGUCGCCCAACACUGAAGAAUCUUGUCAUAGCAUGGAACAAGAUGUUACAGAAGGAGCUUGAACACACGCCGUCCGGGAAAACUGAUGCUGCGACCGCAUUUUUUGCGUCUUUGGAGGAGCCCAAGCUCACCUCUCUAGCAGAAGCUGGGAAGAAACCGCCUAUUGAGAUCCUUCCUCCAGGGAUGGCUUCUCUCUCUGCUCCUCCUAUCUCCAUUAAGAAACCUCCAGCCCCUCCCGCACAAAAGGCGAUCGAGGCUCAACCAAACGAGCCCUUGAUGUUGGAAGCUCCACCAAAGGAGCCUCCUCCCGAGACUGCUCCACCCCCAGAGCAACCAGUGAGUGAGCCCGUUGCUCCAUCAGAGAAUGGUGAAGCCCCACCAGCGCCGAUAGAGGUAGAAGCCCAAGCAGCGCCGGCAGAGGUAGAAGCCCAAGCAGCGCCGGCAGAGGUAGAAGCGCAACCAGCGCCGGCAGAGGUCGAAGCCCAACCAGCUGCUUAG